GCUUUGUGCCAUGGAGUCUGUCCUGCUCCCGUCGCUUUUGCUGGUGGCCGCCUAUCCAAGGGGUGUGAGCUCCCACCAUGAGUGGAGGCAAAGCCCUCCCGCGCCUUCCGGGACCUCAACGCCUUUCUUGGUGCGUUUAAGCCCUGAGCAGGAGGCUGUGCCUCCCGGGGGCUCGGUGUGGCUUAACUGCAGCCACAGCUGCCCCCUGCCGGUGCGUUCCAGCCUGCGCACGCAGCUGCGGCAGGGAAAGACACUCAGUGGAUCGGGUUGGGUAUCUUACCAGCUGCUGGACGUGAGGGCCUGGAAUUCCAAGGUGCGUUGCGUCGUCACUUGCGCUGGAGAAACGCGCGAGGCCACCGCCAUGAUCACCGCUUACAAACGGCCGAGAAGCGUGAUCAUGGAGCCUCCGGUCCUAAUGGGCCACAAGUACACUCUACGCUGCUAUGUGAUACACGUGUUCCCCGUGGGGUUCUUGGUGGUGAGCCUGAGAAGAGGUGGCCGGGUGGUUUAUUUUGAAAGUCUGGAGCGCUUCACCGGUUCAGGUCUGGCUAAUGUCACUUUGACCUACGUGAUGCGGGCAGGACCCAACGACCUCUGGCAACCACUCACCUGCCAUGCACGCCUCAAUCUCGACGGGCUAGUCGUGCGCAGCAGUUCUGCACCUGUUAUGUUGAAGGUCCUCGCUUUGAGUCCAGUCUCCAAAGCCUUGGCUUCUGCCUCCAUCGCAGCCCUGGUGGGGAUCCUCCUGGCUGUGGGGACUGUCUACGUGCGCAAGUACCUGGCCGUUCAGACUCAGUUGUAGACGGGUGUUCGAUGCCCCGAACAAGAGGGAGGAAAAAGAAGCCCAGAACAACUAAUUUACAUACUCAUGUUGGAUCAAUAAAGCCUUCUUCCUCAGUCUUUGUCCUACGGUUCUUGGAGGAAGUGGUUUCAAUUUUAGGGGACCCUGACGUCUCCAAACUCCUUGUUUAUUGGCUGAAGAUUUAUAGCUCGGGUACGUUUGCCUAGCCUUGGUUUCAAUACCCGGUAUCGGAGUAAACAACAUCUUGUGUGUCUCAAGGCACCUGAAGUUUCUCCUUCAAGACCGGCUUGAGGUCCCAGAACCCGAGUUCCUCUCCGCGUUCAGUCUUGCUGGAUUAAUCCGUGCAGGGCAGAAGGGCUAA